CCAAGCAUUGUCUCUCAUCAACUUCAUCUUCUUGCUUCUCUCACCAUCUCUUGCCACAGCCACUUGCCCCAAAAAAUGCGGCAGCUUGCACUUCUCUUACCCGUUCGGAGUCGGGUCGGGCUGCUUCAUGGAUCCAUCAUUCAACAUCAUAUGCAAGAAAUCAACACCCUACCUCAACAUAACUGGUAAAAUGCUCGAAAUCGUCGAGAUACGCCCGACUCAGAUACGGGUCAAGUACCCGUAUAUGUUGGCUGCUACUUGCUACAGUAAGACAGAGGAUUACCCGCACAAGGUCAUACGUGACAACUACUCCUCGGUCGACUUGAUGGAUACUCAAUACGCCAUAUCGGAUCAGAACUGGCUAACAGCCGUCGGUUGUGAUGAUAUUGUGGCGGCGUUCGGGCAGAACAACGAGAUCUUUGCGGGCGGCUGUGUGACGUACUGCCCCACUAAAGACCCGCAUGGGCACGGGCUCUGCCCCAAUGACGAAAACGGGUAUUCGGCCGGCAACGGGUGUUGCCGAACAUCCAUACCCAAAGGCACGAUGUUCUUGGCAACGCAGCUAAGUGACAUAGGUGGAAAAUGGUUACGCAACAAGUUUUUCCCUUGUAGUUAUGCCUUCGUAGAGGAAACGCGAACUUCCAAACAAUCUGCAUUUUCGUAUCCGUUUUCCGACUUGAAUAAGUCCAAAAAUAUCAAUGAGUGGGUGCUGAGUACCCAGCAGCCGGUGGUGCGGCUAGACUGGAGGGUUGGGACCCAAAAUUGCCAUGAAGCUCGACGAAAUUCCUCUACUUAUGCCUGCAAAGCCAAUGCUGACUGUGUCAAUCUUGAGUCUAAUAGUGAUUGGGCGCAAGGAUACCUUUGUAGUUGCAAGAAAGGAUUUCAUGGCAAUCCAUACCAAAAUGGUUGCCAAGAUAUUAAUGAAUGUGAUAAUAUCGAGCUUAGUCCUUGCGAUUCAAAUGCGAUUUGCACGAAUACUAUUGGGUCUGUCAACUGCUCUUGCCCAAAGGGGUAUGCUGGUGAUGGAUGGAAAAAUGAUGGCAAAGGUUGCAUACCCUCAAACAUGAUUCAUGUCUUCAUAGGGGUGGGCUCCGGAAUAGGAUUUCUUCUAUUCCUCUCAAUGUGUAUCCUGGUGCAUAUAUUGUUACGAAAGAGAAGGAAUAAAAGGCGUAAGGAGAAAUUCUUCAAACGAAAUGGCGGUCUUCUCUUACAACAGCAAACAAAUGAAGGAACAAUUCAAAAGACCAAGCUAUUUUCUUCUGAAGAGUUAGAGAAAGCCACAGAUAACUUCAAUGAAAGUCGGAUUCUUGGACAGGGAGGACAAGGCACGGUCUACAAAGGAAUGUUGUCCGAUGGCAAGAUUGUGGCAAUCAAGAAAUCGAAGCUUCUCAACAUGGAUCACUUAGAGCAAUUCAUAAAUGAGGUUGUGAUACUAUCACAUGUUAAUCAUAAGAGUGUGGUCAAAUUGUGGGGAUGUUGUCUGGAGACCGAUGUCCCACUCCUCGUCUAUGAGCUAGUGCCUAACGGGACACUCUUCGAUCUAAUCCAGGAUCCCAACACUGAAUUCCAAGUUUCAUGGAAUAUGCGUCUGAAAAUCGCAACUGAUAUUGCUGGGGCGCUCGCCUAUCUUCACUCUGCGUUGUCCAUACCUAUCUACCAUAGAGACGUCAAGUCUAGUAAUAUUCUUCUAGGUGAAAAAUAUACGGUUAAAUUGUCUGAUUUUGGGAUCUCUAGGUCUGUUGGAACGGACCAGACACAUUUGACCACAUUGGUAAAGGGAACAUUUGGAUAUUUUGAUCCAGAAUAUUUCCAGUCGAGCCAAUUUACAGAAAAGAGCGACGUUUACAGUUUCGGAGUAGUUCUUGUCGAACUUUUGACAGGACAGAGGCCGAUAUCGUUGGAUAUAAGAGAAGAGGAGAGAAGUUUAGUGAUGCGUUUUCUUGAAUGUAUGGAAGAAAACAAUUUAUACAAAAUUUUAGAUGACCAAGUUUUGAAGCAUGGCAAUGAGGUGGAGUUUACCGCAGUUGCAUGGCUUGCGCAAAGAUGCUUGAAUUUAAAGGGGAGAAUGAGACCAACCAUGAAAGAGGUAGCAAGAGAGUUGGAGAGUUUGCAUAUGUUUGUAGAAGAUGGGGAAGUUUGUGAAGCCAAGCCCAUCAUUAUUUCGGACAAUGAGUAUGCAUGGACACCUAGUGGUAUAAGUGUAGAAUCAUCAUCAUCUUUACUUACAUUUUAGCUAAGAAAGUGUGCAUGCAACUUGAAGUUGAUAGAGAUAUAACUUUCAUUUGUUAAUUUGUAAUGUGCAACGGAGUUGUACUAUUUACCUAAUGGUAGCUUUU